AUGGUCUAUCGCAUCCUAGUCGCGUCGUACACGAACGAGAUCUACACCUUGGUGUUUGAUCCGGACGCGACGUCGCUGGAGCUCGUCUCAACUAUCACCGUCGGACACCAUCCGUCAUGGAUCACUCCGCACCCCAAAGACAAGAGCAUUGUCUACACCGGACUCGAGCAAUCGGACGGAAAGAUCGUGGCUCUGAAGUAUGACGCAGAGGGCCGCGGAACGGUGAUAGGGGAGAUUCCGAGCGAAGGCGCUGACCCCUGCGCACUUCUCGCAUUAGAGAAUGAGCUGAUCAUCGGGAAUUACUCAUCCGGACGGUUCGUCGCGGUUCCGUUCUCGGCCGAACCUCCUCAUAUACUCGGGAGCUCUCCUCAAAUCCUCCAGUUCGCCGGAACGGGGCCCGACAAGGACAGACAAGAAGCCCCGCAUCCUCACCAGGUCAUCCGCCACCCCACGCGGGAUGAAGUCUUGGUUCCUGACCUCGGCUCCGACAAAACGCGCCGGCUUGCCCGUGGGGCAGAUGGCAAAUGGGUCGAGAAGGGCGUCGUGUCCUACAAGGCUGGAUCCGGGCCGCGUCAUGUUGCCUUCUAUGAGGACGUCCUGUACACCGUCCUGGAGCUGACGAGCGAGGUCUCCGCACACCGCUUCCCCCCUCUCCCCGCCGAACCCACGCUUCUCGACACCGUGCCGACCAUGCGCAACCCGCCUCCUUCACCCGAUGCCGCAUUCAUGCUCGCGGCCGAGAUCCUCCUUCCCCCUCCCAACACAUCCUUCCCGAACCCCUACAUCUACGUGUCAAACCGUAACGACCCCUCGCCGGAAGGUGAUAUCAUCGCCAUAUACUCGCCCGUCAGCGGUGAGUCCGCGAAGAUCGGUCACGUCGCGGAAGUCCGCUCGGGGCUGAAGCACCUGCGUGGCAUGGAGUUCGGCGGGCCGGACGGGAAGUACCUCAUCGCGGGCGGCGUGCACGGCGGCGGCGUCAAGGUGUUCGAGCGCGUCGAUGGAGGCAAGGGCCUCAAGGAGGUCGCGGUAAUUGAGCUCGCGGCGCCCACAGGCUUCUUAUGGCUGUGA